AUGGCAGAUAGCGAGGACGACGAAAGUUUAGCGGGUUUGACGCAGAACACGUUUCUGAAGGCACCUUUAGAGCCUUGUUUCGACCUGUUCAGUGGAUUAUUGGAGGGCGAUUGUAAUGUUGGUGAUGGUAGUAAUAAUACCUCGAAUAAUACAAUAACAUAUUCUGAUCAUGUUUUAACAGCGGAGAAAGAAUUAAAUGAAGCCUUAAAAUGCCGCUACUCUGAAAAUAGGCGAAAAAUAUCGCUAGUUACAGACAAGGAAGUUGAGUUGAUUAAGGAAAGUCGAAUUCCAAAUAACACGAAACACAACACUAGUUGGUCUGUCGGCGUUUGGCAGGAUUGGGCAAAAGGAAGAAACGCGAGAGUAAUAGAACUAGGCGUUGUCGACAAGCUAGUCAUGUCAGAUAUUUUAAAAGUGCCUGAAGAAGAACUUAACUAUUGGUUAGCUAAGUUUGUGGUCGAGGUUCGCAAGAAAGGUGAAAAGGCAGAAUUUUAUCCGCCUACGACACUUUAUCAGAUAUGUUGUGGGCUAUUACGAUUUAUGCGAAAUAAUGGUCGGGCAGCAUUGAAUAUAUUUGAUGAUCCCAUGUUUAAGCACUUUCAGGAUACUUUAGAUGGUGAAAUGAAUCUACUUACUAGUCUCGGUGUUGGUGCAAAUGUCCGACAAGCGCAAGCAUUUUCAGAAGAGCAAGAAGAACUUUUGUGGAAAUCAAAUCUACUGGUCUCCGACUCACCAGUGACAUUUCUAAAUACAAUGGUUUUUUUGAUCGGCAAGAAUUUUUCGCUUCGGAGCGGAAAAAAACAUCGUUCAUUAAAGUUCAGUCAACUUACACUGGAAGCUGCGACUGGGGAUGAACCUGAGAAGCUUAUUUACACAUCUUUUGGAGAAAAGAAUAACUUGGGUG